AUGGCCAAGUGCGCGCUGGACCUGCAGCAGGCAUAUCUGGCCUCACGCGAGUGGGGCGUCAGCACAGUCUUGACCAUGCGGGGUCGGGACAAGUUGCGUCGCUUGAGCGACACGACCUUUGCCAUUACGGUCGUGUCCAUGAUGGGUUUUGGCCUCCAUGAACUCAUCAACGUCAAGCCGACGGACAAGUGCCCGCUCUGCAGCAGCAAGACACCUCAGCCGCGACUGACCCGCGAGCACCUGCUAACCUGCCGUCCCAUCAAGCGUCACAACGCCCUUCGCGACGAGAUGGGCCGCCUGCUCAGGUACGCCACCCUCUCCCAUGUCUGGGUGGAAAAGUCUGGCUACAACGCCAACGGUCAGAGCUGCCGCAUCGACCUGCACUGCCGCAACCCCUUUCCCGGCGGUGCCUUGGGCCCAGCUCUGCCCGACCUGGGCAUUGACGUGACUGUGCGCACAGCCCAACCCCCGACCACCUCGCAAGCCUGCAUCAAGGUGGGCGCUGCCCUUCGCCGAGCCGAAAAGGAGAAGCGCGAUUACUACACCGGUUUCAAUCAUGGAAAAACUCUGAUCGUCCCUGCGGCGAUGACGACAACCGGCGAGGAGUUGCCUGUGGCCAGAUGUCUUCAGCAGGACCUUGCGCUGGGCAUCCAGCACGUUGGCAGCGAUGGGCGGAGCGGGAUCGCUGAGAAGAACAUCUUGCUCACUCUCAAUGUGUUCGCCCGCUGUAUUGUGUGUUUCAUUCUCACUGACUUCGCCAAGUGGGGCUGA